AUGAGUGACGAAGGAGGAAACGGAUUGGGUCAAAGAUUCAUCAAUUUAACCGACGGAAUUGAUUCUGAGAAAAUUGAUUACGCUAAACUGGUUAGUAGUAUCUGGAAUUAUAUUCGUAGCUACACUCCCGAUAGUCCACGUCCUCAGUUCAAUCCUGAAGUGCUUGUAAAACUACUUCAAAAAAGCCAAGAUGUCUUCAAACAUGAUGAUAUGGUUGUAAAAGUCAAUGGACCUGCUUUAGUUUUUGGUCCAAUUUACGGUGAAGGAGAUUCAAUGAUAACUCUGAUGAGCCAAGCAAAGAAGAUUCCCCCGAAUAUCACUUAUAUCUUUCUUGGCUGUUAUCUGGGUCAUGGUUUUGCGCAACUCGAAUGCAUUUUCUUUCUGAUUGCCUACAAAAUGUUGUACCCGGAUAAAAUUAUCCUUCUGAAAGGACAUCACGAAGAAUCGAUUUCAAUGGAAAUGUUGAAAGUGAAGGAUUGGCUAUACGCAAGAGGAAUCACUCAAGAAGUUCAUCUGGAAGAAAUUCUAGUUGAAAUGAAAAAGGCGUGCAGCAUGAUGUCCGCAGCUGCUCUUAUCAACUCAAAAAUUCUCUGUAUGCCCGGAGGACCUGGUCUGACACUGAGAGAAAGAGGACUUAAACCAUUAAUGUCUUUGAAGAAAGGAAUGCAAUCCAUUGCAGAUAAGAAGUUGAUGAUGGAGGCAGCCUGGUCUGUUUUACUUGUGAAUGAAGCACAGAAGGAUAUGCAUGGAAUGCCUUUUUUCACUGCUCAACAAGCCACCGAUUUCUGCAAGAAGAAUCGUCUGAAGUGUAUCAUCCGCGGACGUCAGAUGGUGGACGAAGGAUACUUGAAUAAGCCAAAAGAAGUGAUCACUCUGAUCUCUGCAGUUGCCUAUUUGGACAAUUUCCGUAACUACGCAGCUGCAUUGCACAUUGACAAAGACAAAGGAAAAGUGAUUCGCUACAAGAUGGAGGAAGGUGAACAACUAUCAUUGGAAUUGGUGAAGCCAGGAAUGGGAAGAAAUGCGGUGGUUUGA